CCCUCUAUCCUCCACAACCAGAGUUCCUUUCUGAGACAUGAAUGUGUGAUUUUCUAUGUAAUAUUUGUUUUGCGUUGAUACCCCUCUAGCUGCGCUGCUCCUCUCACCAUGGCGAAAGACUACAAAACCCUGAAAGAAGACUUCGUGUCGAACCUCACGGGCGGGUCAAUCGGUGAUAUUAUCGCAGUCACAGCUGUUGUUCCUAUAUCUAUCAUCGCCUGGUCUGCUCUACAAGCAAGGCAUCAGUUCUUUGCGAAAUACACAGCCAUCCCCUUUGCCGUCGACUUCUUCCUCAAUGUCGGCGCCGUCCUCCUCGCGACCACGCUAUACUCCCCUAACCCUCUAUUACUCGACAUCCUUCUCUUGAGCCCGGCGAUAAUACUCUCAUAUUUCUACACCAUACCGACGAAGAAAAAGGCCAAGCCUCCCCAGGCGAAGAAGGUCACCGCGUCAGAGGCAUCUCUCGACCCUUUGCCCCGCAAGCCAUUCCUCACCAUAUACAGAGGAUGCAUGAUGAUCAUAACAUGUCUGGCCAUUCUCGCCGUGGACUUCCCGAUCUUCCCUAGACGAUUCGCAAAGGUCGAGAACUGGGGCACGUCGCUGAUGGACCUCGGGGUUGGCUCGUUCGUGUUCUCAGCAGGUGUCGUCGCUGCGAGGCCUGUUCUCAGGGAGAAGAUUAGUGGGAUAUAUACUACGCUGGGCUCGCGGUUAUACUCGUCCAUUCGACACUCAUUGCCGCUCUUUGUACUGGGCCUGAUUCGUCUUUGGUCGGUCAAGGGUCUUGACUAUGCUGAGCAUGUCACAGAGUACGGAGUCCACUGGAAUUUCUUCUUCACUCUUGGAUUUCUGCCACCUUUUGUGGCAAUCUUUCAAUGGGCAUUCCAGCUGAUCCCGUCAUUUGAGGUGCUGGCUUUCCUACUUGCAGCUGUCUAUGAGAUUGUCCUGGACAAUACCAACCUCAAGGCGUUUGUUUUGACAGCCCCUCGAACAGAUCUCUUCUCAAAGAACAGAGAGGGGAUAUUUAGCUUCAUUGGGUAUCUGUCGAUAUUCCUGGCUGGACAGGGCAUUGGGAUGGCCGUUAUUCCAAGAAACAUCUCACCAAAGGAGCCCACUGGAAGCUUCGCCCAGCGGAAGAAGCUCCUUAUUACGCUGGCGACCACAUCCCUGGUUUGGAGUCUCUUAUAUGUGGCUACGACGCAUUAUUACGGGCUGGGACUUACCGUGUCUCGUCGACUUGCAAACCUGCCCUACCUCCUCUUCGUAGCAGCGUUCAACUGCAUCCAAACCACGGCAUUCUGUGCCAUUGAGACGUUCUACUUCCCGGAAGUCUACAAGGCCACAGACAAGAAGACGGAGGAGCGCAACUAUAACCAAGCAACGAGUAGGAUUAUGACGGCAUAUAACCGGAACGGCCUGGCGCUGUUCCUUGUCGCGAACCUGCUUACCGGGCUGGUCAACCUCACGGUUUCGACUCUUUUUGUUAAAGAUUCCGUGGCGGUGGGCAUUUUGCUCGCUUACGGGGGCGUGAUAACCGGAUUAGCCGUGUUGUUGGAUGUGUAUGAUAUCAGUAUCAAGUUGUAACAGUAGUUAUUUAUCUUGAAGUAUUAAUUGUUGCAAUAUUAUUGUAAGCUUAAUGAUAAUAUAUUAGAAUGAGCUGAGGGUUGCAGGAAUGGGAC